CCACUCCUCAUAUGGCUUACAAAUGGAUCAGUUAAAACUAAUUCAACCACUGUUUGGCCAGCCUGAAGGUCAGGUGAUACUGUAAUACCACCUUCACAUCACCUAGAGCCUCCCCAGACAUGCCAUCACAGCAGCAUGCAAAUCCCUCAUCAAAAUUAAUCAGGCACCCUGACACACACCUUGCAUCACAAAUAUGUGUGACAUGGAAGGUCAAGGUGGCAGUGGUGGCACCCAUGCAGAGCACAUUUGAUGAAUAAACAAUUUCAGAUCACACUGAACUGGGACUACACAUGUACUGGACGUGUUUCUUUUAGGCUAAAAUAAGUAAAUUAAGUCCUUUAGUGAGUAGAAGAUUUGAAACACUCAUGUCUUGUUCCCAAGGUACUGAAAAGCUGACAAAGACCAAGCCAAUGCCAGUAUGUGGUUAUCUAGACAAAAUUCUGCAGCUGAGCUCUGCCUCACACAUGCUGUGACUAAACUGUUACUCAUUUCACUUACCUAGUUUUUUCACUCAAGGAUUUGAAAAGGAAAAUAAUGUUAACAUGUCCUUUUAGUGGGAAUCACUGGGUAAAGGUGGGCAAGACGAGCAAUGUGAACUGAAAGGCAAAGAGGUUUAAUAUUUGAAGUCUCUAGUUUGCUGUUGGUGGAUCUGGGUACAUACACUAGGAAAACAAACAAACAAACAAUCAAACCCGCCUACAAUUUUUGUUCAAUUAUAGCAGGGUUAAGAACAGUUCUUCCUUUAGCAGACUGACUACUAAGGAUCUUCCCUCACUCCUUAGAAAGCUGGGGAAUUCUUCACCUUCCUGCUAUUGUGCCUCUGUUGGGAGUGGAAGGCAGGGGUUAAAUGAACUCCUGUUUGCUAAAAGCAUCCAAGAACAACAGAAAAUAAUAAUAAAAAACCCCAUUACAUGCAGAUUAUAUAACUACAUGUCAGAUGUCAUGCAAAACAAAUGGGGAAGUGACUAACAGUCAGAGCCACAUCUGAAGCUGCUGAAAGUUAAAGCAAAUAAAUUGGAUUAUGCCUCUCAUGGCUGCAAAGAUUUUUGCAAAUGUAACAUUAUGAUAUUCAGUAAAUGCUUUGGAAAUUUAAUUUCUGCAGUCAGACACUUUUUCACCUAACAUGAUAUUGCAGCCUAAGAUGAACCAAAAAAAACCAGCCCAUAGUUGGCAGUGAGAAAGUUCAGAAAUUUGAGUCUGGUAUUUUCCUUGGUAUUUCUUUGCCUGCAAAUUUGCAAUACAGAAAUUUCUCGGCUGUUUGUAUAUACCUGCUAAGGACUGAUCUGCCUAGAAAUAGAACCUGAGCUUGUGCAGGGACCAUAACCAACACAGGAAGGCAGUCACUUUAAACAUGGACUAGUGACACAACACUGCUGUUAUUUCCAGAACAUACUAUUUAUGAAAAUCUGAUUAUUUACAGAGGUGGAAUUUCUAUGAGCAUGUUGAUAUACUGUGACCCUACUGAGUACUUAUGUAUUUUUGGGUAAUGUGUUUGCAUAUUGUGACAUUAAUGCUUAGUUCAUCUGACAUAACAGGAAGGAAGAGUUAUUUGCAUGAUCUCUUCACGUGAAGUUGUUAACAUCUGCCAAUCAGGAAACUUAAGGAAGCUCAAAAGCAGUAAGGGAAAUGAUAAAGUAAGCAGCUUUCUAACUUGCAGCAUUUUUUACUUAGUACUGUCAUGCAGUAAAACAAAGCUAACUGGCAGAGCAAAACAUUUUCAGAUUUCUGCAUGUGACUACUACUACACGUUAAAGCGUCCUUGUUGCUGCAAACCAAAACCAAACAAGGUAAAAGAGGAGAGUUUUCCAAGAGGAGCAGAUGCACAGGAAUCACCUAUUACAAAUGUGAAUGUGGACUGGAGAAAAAUUGAACUGUCCUGGGAGAGCAGCAGGAAUUUCUCUGAGUACAAAUGUAUCAUCAUGGGCAGAGACAUGGACUAUAUGGACACAGAGGUGGAUAGUCCACUAUGCAGCUUUCCAGUGGAGCUACACAUGCCUAUGCACAAAGGGGUAACCUUUAUCAUUGAAGUGCCAAACACAAACAUCUCAAAACAAUGCAGCUUUCUUCCUGGAGGCAUGAAGGGGUCAGCCAUUGAAAACUUCUCCUGUGUGCUUUAUAACAUCUUCCUCAUGAACUGCACUUGGCAAGCAGGCAGGGAUGCUCCAGCAGACACACAGUAUUUUCUCUACUGGCAGAAAUCAAGAGUGGACAAUCAGAUGGAAUGUGAGCUUUACAUUAAAGAUGAAAAUUGCAGAAAUGUGGGAUGUAUCUUCCAAAACGUGAGCAUAGGGAUUGAAAAAGCUUACUACUUCCUGGUGAAUGGGUCCAGCAAAGACUCUCUGAUCCAGUUCUAUGAUGAGUACAUUGACCUGUAUGAAAUUGAAAUACUCACUGCUCCAUUAAAUGUCACUGCCCAUUGUACCAGAGAUCCAACGGGCUGCAUAAUUACAUGGCAUCCACCCCUUACAAGUCAUGUAGAAAAUACAAAGUGUUUUCAGUAUGAAAUUAGCAUACAAAAUAAGGAUGAGCCCAAAGAAGAGAAAAAUCUUCCUUGUGUAAGGAAUGAUAGAUAUGAAUUCCAAAAUUACAAUGAGAAAAAAAGAUACACUCUGAAAAUCAGAGCACGUGGAAAAAACUGUCUUGUAAGCUCAAACUGGGGGGAAUGGAGUGAACCCAUUGAGUUUGGUCAAGGGAAAGAUUACUUUAUUUUUGUGAUUUUAUUUCUGAUUGCACUUGGAACAAUCUCAAUUACACUUCUACUGUAUUGUCUUUUCAAAAGGUACUGCAGUUUCAAGAACCUAUUUCCUCCCAUACCACAGCCAAGAGACAAAUUCAAUGCAUUAACUGAUGAAGAUAUCCAGACAGAGUAUGUAAAUCUACCAACAAAAAGUCAUGCUGAGAAAAUAACUACAAUUGAAGAAUGAUCCAACAUUCCAAAAACACACCUGACUCCCCAACAUGAAAAUUAUGGAUCUGCUGACAAGUACUUCAAACCAGCCUAUAAAAGGACACAAUCACCUACAGAACUGUUUGUCGCCUUAAAAUCCACUUAAACGGAGAUGAAAAAAAGGGAGAAAAAUCACUGAAAUUUGUUCUUUCUCCCUUGUUCAAACCCACAAUGACUGGCAACUAAGCUUUUCUGCAAGCAUCUACUCUGAAGUGCCUAAACCUUGCUAAGAGGUUCUUCACAACGUGAGACAAGCCCUCUUAACCAGAAUAAAGCUGUUAUUUCCUGACAUCAUUGCUAUGAAGCUUCUUCCAUUAUAAUGAUUUCCUGUAGGCUGACAGCCUUGCUGCAUAAUGCCACAGCAAUUUUACUGUAAUUUUUAUAUGCCCAGUUAUUUUCUAAAACACAAACCAGAUAUUUGGAAUGUGUUUAAAUUUGGUCUUUGAUCUUCCAACCAGUACCACCAAGCUAUCCCAGUAUGUGCAAUUAACUUUAUGCAAGACAAGAACAGAAAAUAUAAUUAUUAAUACUGAUCUCAGUCAGCCAUUUCAUGAGCUCAGUAUUGCAACUGUCAAGAGACCUCCGCAACACCAUGAUCCUGUGCAGUUUUAGUAUGCACUUAAGUAACACAAAUAGCAUUGAAAGCCUUCAAAGAAAUUCCAAUAAUUGUGAGAAAUGAAAUAAAAUCUAAUAUUUAAUAGCUAGAUAUUAAAUGCAAAAAUUCCUCACAACUGUAUUUUAGUUUCUCCCUUCAAAGGGUGCAAAUGCUAUUUCCAAUGCCUUUUAAAAAUAAUAUAGGCUUUAGAUGCCAGUAUUUUCUUUCACAAAUGCUAGAUAGUUUCCUGUUCAUACUUCUCAAAAUGAAUGAAAUUCAGUGUUUCAAUAAGACAGAGAACAAAUGUUUUUUUUAAAAGUCUCAUUUAUUGUUUGCCUCUUACAUCCCUAAACUGCAUCACACAUUGGAAAUUGCUGCUGCAUGACUAAGGGAAGCCAUAUAUUAAAAAAAACAACAGACCUGAACACCACAAAUUAGUUCAUAUUGAAUGUACAGCAUAGGGAAAUUGCAGUUUGACUUGAACUCUUUGUCCUGGUUUAGGGCAAAUUUGGGAGGAUUUGCUUCUUUUCCCAUUUCUUUUGGUUAAACCUUGUUCUGAAGGGGAGAUUGGAUGUAAAAGCCCUAUCCCUGUCAGGGGCUGCUGAAGUAACUACAUUUGGUUUUUCCCACAAAGAUUAAGCUCUCUCACAGGGAGGUAUCCCACCAUGAUCUCUACCCUUGCAAGGCACUGAUACAGAAAGAAACCUGAUUAAUAUGUUUAUGUAGACAAAAUGUUUUCCCCUGCUCCCCAGCACAUUGACCGGCAGGGUUAACACCAAAUAACCUGCCUGCACCACAGGGAGCUGCUACUGCCACACAGGAUGUAAGAACCAUUUGCAGCAGGUACAUGAAGUUUGCCAGCAGCCUGUGUACAAAGUAGCUGUGUGAUGUCCUUACAUUCACAUAAAGAUGUUGAAAGCAGUGCUUGUGCAACAGUGAAAGGAAAAAGGUAA